GAUAUAAGAACGCUAUUAAUAAAAAAAACAAAAAAAUUAAACACGAAAAUACCGCUUCCUUGUUCAAUGUCUUCUUCUUCGAAUGGUUGCCGCCCUCAUCACCACUGCCCACACUGCCCCCUCCGCCGUCACUGCCACCACUGCCCUCUCCACAACAACAGCCCUUCUCACUUCUCCUCCCACACUUUCACUUCUCCUCCUCUUCAAUCCCAAAACCUCCCUCCUCUUGCUCAAAUUGUACAAGAGCCGGAGCGUAUUGUGUUUGAUGGUGUUGAAGAGGAUGAUGAACCGGUUUUUGUUAUGACCGAUGAAUGGAGAGAGUUCUUUGCAAAAUCUGAAGCUAGGAGGAAACUAGAGAAGAAGCAGGCCAAGAAAGGGAAAAAGUAAAAACAGAACGGAAUGUUGGUUAGCAAACUUCUUUAUGGAUGAUCAAUAGGUUGUUCGAGGGUGGUCGACAACAAUCCUGCUAUCGAAAAUGACAUGUCUUCCUAGUUAGAUGUAGUUUGCAAUGUAUGAAAACAAGGAGUCUUGUCUGCUUUUUUUGAAAGGAUGGUGAAUUACUUACUAAUGUCUGUAAUUAUGUAAGCUCAUCUUUUGUUUAUAAAUAUUAGUAUGGUUUGGAUCAAUGAAAAUGAUGCGAUCUCAAAUGAGAAACUA